AUGGAUUUUGUUACCGGUGACCUUCAAUGCCCUGCCAUUAAUGUUGAAAAUUCCGCUACUUCCAAAGCUGCGAAUUCUUGCUGGAUUUGUCAAGACAAAUUGAUCCUCCAUGCACUGCUAGCCUCAACAUCCACCACCAUCACACCGUUGAUUGCUUCAAGUAAAACCUCUCAUGAAGCUUGGAAUAAAUUAACUCGUCUUUAUGCAGGGAAAUCGUGCACUCGUGUGAUGCAGUUGAAGGAAGAUCUCACUCUCAAUAAUCGUGGCAAUUGGACUGUCACUGAAUUCCUCCAGGCUAUCAAACUUAUAGCUAAUGAACUUGCCCGGAUUGAUCAUCCUGUCUCCGAUGACGAUCUAACCCUUUACAUUCUAAAUGGUUUGGGUCCAGAGUUUAGGGAAAUUGCUGCACCCAUACGAGCUCGUGAAAAUCCUUUGCGGUUUGAGGAGCUCCACGAUCUAUUAAUAAGCCAUGAAAAUUAUCUACGUCGCCUGGAACAAGAAGCUGCACAAUCGUUGGUUGCAACAACAAACUUCACUUAG